AGGCUGCCGGUAAUCCCGUCCGAAUGGGAAGAUAUGGAAGAUCAGCCUCGCAUUUCAAAAUCAAAGCGGGAAGCAAAUUCAGCUGACUUCUUCGACCGGAACAACUCCAGCAGCGACUCCAACUGGGACAACUCCACCCGCGACUACGAUUACUACGAUCUCCGCGAGGAUGUCGCCCCAGGAGGCCCUCCGAGAGGCGACGCGUCGCGAAGUUUCUUCUGCUCCAUUCUACCGACUUUGGACCGCGUUUGUUGGAUGGAGAACUUGCUGGAACUCUGGAACUUCGACGAGACCCGAAUCCAGGCUUUGAGCCCCGACGAAAUCUUGUCUGCCAUCAACACGGUCAAAAUCAGCCCUGUGCUAGGCAGUGCAGUGGAUUACACGCAAAGCCUGGGUGGAAUAAGUCGAAAUUCAUCCGGUCACGUGACGUCAGCGACGGCGGUUCACUUCACCUGGACUCUCCAGGUGAAUCUAUCUGGAAUCAGCCCCGAGGUUCAGGAGGAAACUUCCAUUUUGGACACUGCCGUGAGUUUCAUGAGUUUCUCUGCUCGGAAAUCAGGAGUCACGAGGAUCGAAACUGCGUCGUCGGACUCAAUUUGGGAUGCUUGA